UCAAAAUACUGAUUUAUUACAAAAUCUAAUCUGCUAUACAUAAUUCCGUUUUAUGCGUGUGCUGUACAAGUAGACACAGUAAUUUGUUGGCUUAUUUUCCGCUUGCGGAUGAACACUGGCAGCUGUGUCAACAGGCACCGGCUUACAAUAACAACCGUAAAUUGAGCAGGAUUGGGCUGACCGUGAUGCUUAUUUGUCAAUCGGUUUCCCAAGAAAAAGCUGUUUCUACGUCAUCCACGAGGACAGAAACAAGGUGUCUACAAAGGUGAUAGAUACCACCAAACUCCCGGACUUGUCAGAUAAUGACCACAGCAUUCCCCUACCCUCCUCGACACGUGGUACACACGUCCAGAGUCCCAGCAUCACGGAUUCCUGCACCAGCAGACAACAUGAAGAAACAGGAUGCACAGCAGAGGUUGGUGGGGAACACGCGCUCACGGCUGGAGGUCCUACAGCAGCAGUAUCAGCAGAAACUGCUCAGGGAACGGGAGGCUAAAAUGAUCGAAAUUUACGAGAAGAAUCAGCAGGCAGCCCUCCAGAAGGUUAAUCGCCAAACAAGCUUGAGAGACUUCUUCAAAGAAAGAAGAAGCCUGGAGGCUACAAAAGGGGGAGCUGUGCCUAGCAUCCAGCAUCAUUAUAAGAACAAAGUGAAACAACAGAACCAGUUUGCCUACAAGAGUAAGCAACCAGUCUGGAACCCUACACGCACACGUAGGGGACCUGAGGCAGAACGGAAACCUUGGUCUGGCAUUAACAGGGGGAAUCCUCUGCAGCCUAUCCAGAGGCAGGCAAUAUCAGCAGACGACCGCUACCGGCAGCCAGAUCCUGAUGGACACUAUGAAACAAGUGAUGACUUGACCAGUAACCACAGCAGCAACCCUCCAAGUGAUCUGGAGGACGAGGAUGUUGAAUUCAAAUUUGUCCCAAAGCCUCCAGUUCAGCAGAGACCUGGUAAGGUACGACAGACCCGACGAGCAGUGAAACAGGACAGCUCCAGAAAAGAUGUGAAGCAGUUUAGUCCAGAAGACGAUGGUUACUACAGCAAUCAGCAGGAAGACAGUGGCUACAGUGGUAAUCCUGCCAGAGAAUCUGAUGACCAGCCACCAACAAACUUCGCUAAAGCAAAGCUGCUGGGAAAGAUCAAGCAAAAGGAACGGGACAGAAUUGCUAGUAGAGAGGGAACCUUUCACUCUGAUUACGGGGAAAAAGAGUCAGCUGGAGACAAAGAUCAGCCUAAUGAAGGUGAGAGGAAGAACAAAAGGGAUGUUUUAAAGCAACAAGAAGAAGAACUGAUGGCUCUUCUGAGACAGAGACAGGAAGAACUGGAAAAACUUAAGCGUGAGAAUGAAGAGGCAGAAAGACAAGAGGAAGAAAGGAAACGAAAGGAAGCUCAACGAAGAAAAAGGCUACACGAAGAGAGACAAAGAAGGGAAGAGGAGCUGAGGAGGUUGGAAGAAGAGGAACAAAAAGCACAAGAGGAGGAAGAGAAUGAUGAACAAAACAGCAGCAGACAUGAUGAGGAUGAGGAUGAUUGGUACCAGAACAAAGAGAAAGAAGAUGAAGAAAACAGUUUGUACCAGAACAAAGAGAAGGAAGAUGAUGAGGACAGUUGGUUCCAGGACAAAGAGAAAGAAGAGCAAAAUUUCAAUGCUACUUAUACCAUGAAGCAAAAAGAAAAGCAAGUUAGGCAUGAAAAGCCUAAGAAAGAACAUCAGUUACCAAUACCUGAUAAUCAGAAAGAAGCAAAACCCAAUGAAGAUUUGGCUUUUUACAUUGAAGCAGCUGAAGGUUCAGAAGAAGUGCCACUGAACCUGACUCCAUGCCCUAAUUGUGGCAGGAAAUUUGCUGUUGAAAGACUGGCCAAGCAUCAAAAGGCUUGUUCCUCCAUGAAGAAACGUAAAGUCAUGGAUCCGACAAAGAUGAGGACACAGGGAACAGAGAUGGAAAAGUAUUCAGAUCCAAGAGAUAAGAGGCCAGAACCUUCGAGCAAGAAGGCUGACUGGCGCAAGAAGCGGGAAGAUUUCAUCCAGGCGAUUCGCUACGCUAAGAAGGUGGCAGAAGUGGAGAAGAACGGUGGGAAUGUGGCAGACCUCCCCCCUCCCCCACGCAGCGAGAACCCAGACUACAAGCAGUGCCCUUACUGCCAGCGGAAGUUCAACGAAACUGCUGCGGAGCGCCACAUUCCAAAGUGUAAAGAGAUUAAAUCUCGUCCACCCCCCAUGAAGCGUAGAUAACAACUUCAGCAGUAACCUCACAGUAUAAGAGAUUGACAUUAGCACAUACUGUGAACUAUAUCCAACUUGUAACUACUGUAUCAGUGUGGUCUGUUGUCAUUCCAUUAUAUACCUGUAGUUGUAAAGGUUUGAAAGAGCCAUAUCUAUGGACAGUAUUUUACUAUGAAUCUAUAUUUUGGUCAGCUAUACUAUGGCUUGCACAUAUGUACAGCUGCCAACACUUGUAUGUGAUAUAUGAUAUAUGAUUGAAGAACAAUUAAGUACUUCAGGAUCACUUGUGAUAAUCUGAAGUUGUCAGACUAGGAGUGGUGAACACACCCCAUCCUGGAGUGGAAAAGUAUAACUCAGGGAGGUGGGUGAUGAAAGGUAAAAGAGCAGAUCUAUACAUAUAGAUGUGUUAACUCAUUGUAGUCUGGCAACCUGGUCACCAGUGAUUUAAUGAUAAAUUAUACCUGUAUCACAAGUUACAAUUAUACAUCCACCAUAUAAAUGUUGUGUAAGCACUGUUGCAUCAGUCCCUCAUCACAGACUGUUUGUUGCAUUGGAUAUACCAUCAUACUGUGUUUUGUGCAGUUCUCGUUAAUCCUACAUAUUGAAAUGAGAAUGGAAAUACUGUACUGAAAAAUUGUGUUUGUGUUGUAAAAUGUGUAAAUAAUAGUAUCCAAGAGAGCUGGUGUUUAUGUGAUAUGAUAGAUGUGUUAAUGUUGUGCCUGUUGGUUAGACCUGCACCUAUCAUGUCAGGUGCCUAGAUUUUUAGAGUUUGCACUCUUGUGAAGAGUAUACUUUCUACUGCAAGAAAAAAAAUAACUACAAACCCCAGAAAAAGUAUGUCCUUCUUUCUGAUAACUUGAUCAUAAUAAGGUCAGAGAAAGGACAAUUGUAAAUUAUAAUUUGCUUGAAAUUUUGCAUUGUGAUUUUAAGAUAAGCUUUCCAGGAUAGCCUUGUAAGUGUCAACCAAAAAGCCUUCCAUUUUAGUCAAUAUUAAAUCAGGCAGCACAAAGUAGCUAUUACCAUGUUUCAGGUCUCCACAAAGCUAGGGGUUCUCUGCUGGAAGCACACUUGAAAGGGACCUUGAUGACAGAGAUUGCUUAAGACUCCAGAUCAGGAGCUGCAUAUAUACAGGCUAAUAGCCAACCUUUUAAGCAAAAUAUUCUUGAAAGAUGUUGAAGUAAAUGCAACAGCUCAAUGGAUGGUGGUGUUUGCUGCCUUAUUUUGAGUGGAACCCUGCUGCUUUAUGUUUACGUUUUAAGUCUUUUAAGUGUCCUUGAAUUUCUUGCUUUGUUAGUAUCCAAGGUGAUUGUAAUAUAACACCAUCAGGUAAGAACACCUUCAAGUCAGAACACACAGUUGUAUGUAAUUGCGUGGUUGGUCCAGUGCACAGAGACAAACUGAUGUAAGAUGUAGUUUCAGUUUGCUGACAUUAAAGUACAAAAGCAGGCAGGUAUGAUUCCAUUCUCUAGUAACUUUGCUAAUAAAGCUGCACACCAGAGCGGGUGUAACGUGUGGAUCAGUAUUACCAAACACAGUAGCAGUUAAC